AUGAAUCAAUCAAUCAACAACAACCAAACUGGUCAUCCAGCCCCGAUGAGCCAUCGUCCUCGUCUCACUCGUCGAAAUGCCGAGGAACAUGUUCCACUUGCAGGUCGAGCUCAAAGAUGCCGUUACUACCAUAUGCUCGCCAACAGAGCUGUUGAGGCUAAUAGAAUGGCUCAAGCUGUUGGCAGAGCUCAAGCUGUUGGCAAUGCUCAAGCUGUUGGCAAUGCUCAAGCUGUUGGUGCUUUAGGUACUCCAUCUUCCUCUGCAGUUAGCAGUUCUAUUGCCAUGAUUGAAAAUGACUAUGUAGUCGUUAAUCAGGUCACCGGAUCCUCUUCAAAUGGAGGUGUGAACACCACCAUCUUCCAAGGCAACAAUGAUGCCACAUUCUGUCACAUUACUAUGGUACAAGAGUUCAUGGCCAAACAUCAACUUUCCCCAGAGGAAUUUGAAUUGGUAGCAUCCUAUGUUGAUGAGAUGGAAUAUGGGCUCGAUUAG